UCGCCGAGAAUGUACGGAGAUACACGAAGAGCUGGGCGGCGGCCACAGGAGCCGAUUCCGAGAGACGCCGAAGGCUCUGAAAAGGGGCUAGAGGUCGGGAGGCGGAACCACUCCCACGGGGCGGAAGUGUCGGAGGGGAGGUGUUGAAUGGCGGAAGAGGUUCGAGGAUUUCCGGAGCGAGCGGAAGCACUGCCGGUAGUUUCCGGAGAGAGCGGAAGCGCUUGGCGCGUUUGCGCAGCGGAGCGGUCAUGGCUGAGGCAGGCGAAGAGCCGUCGCCGGAGACGGAGCCGCUGACCGCGGCCCGGGAGCGGAGCAGCCGCUUCUUGAGCGGCUUGGAGCUGCUGAAGCAGGGCGCCGAGGCGCGUGUGUAUCGCGGCCACUUCCUGGGUCGCGCGGCCGUGGUGAAGCACCGCUUCCCCAAGGGCUACCGGCACCCGGUGCUGGAGACGCGGCUCAGUCGGCGGCGGACGGUGCAGGAGGCCCGGGCGCUGCUCCGCUGCCGCCGUGCAGGGAUAUCAGCCCCGGUUGUCUUUUUUGUGGACUAUGCUUCCAACUGCUUAUACAUGGAAGAAAUCGAAGGCUCAGUGACUGUUCGUGAUUAUAUUCAAUCUACCAUGGAGACUGAAAAAUCUCCCCAGAGCCUCUUCGACUUAGCCAAGACAGUUGGGGAAACUUUGGCUAGAAUGCACGAUGAAGACCUCAUUCAUGGUGAUCUUACCACCUCCAACAUGCUUCUGAAACCCCCUGUGGAACAGCUGAACAUUGUACUCGUAGACUUUGGGCUGAGUUUUGUUUCAGGACUUCCGGAAGACAAGGGAGUAGACCUCUACGUCCUAGAGAAGGCCUUCCUUAGUACCCACCCCAACACUGAGGCUGUGUUUGAAGCCUUUCUGAAGAGCUACUCCACCUCCUCCAAAAAGUCCAAACCAGUGCUCAAAAAAUUAGAUGAAGUGCGCCUGAGAGGAAGAAAGAGGUCCAUGGUUGGGUAGAGCGUGUGAUUCCACGCAGUUAAGCUGUUUCUCAAAGCAAAUUUGAAGAAAUGCUGCGAGUGUUAGUAGACCAAAAUAAAGGUGUUGGGAUAUUUUUAAAGUGAUCUGUGAUCAUGCUUAUCAAGGUCACCAUUAUCAUCUGUAGUUCUGUUCUCAAGAGCUUACGUAAGACAUGCUCGAGGCAGAAUUGGGUAUAUAAAAAAUCAAUCUGGGACAGACUUUCCCACAAACUGCCUUGUAGCCCUCAUGUACGUGUGGGUAGAGGGUGGAGCCACGUAAUGAGAACAUUACUCUCUUCCAUCCUUCUGGUGAGAUGAGGAUAGUCUCAGUUGGGGAUAGUGUGUGUCAGCCUUCUGACCCAGCAUGGUGGUGGCUAUUGUGUACAUGAUAUGUUUGAGUCAAAACACUUAAUGGAAUAUGCCAACAUUUUGAAAAAUAAGUCAUAGACUAGAAAAUAUUAGUGUAUUAUUUUACAAAACUGCUUCCAAGUGUACAUUUAGACAUAGUUAGAUGCUGGGUUUGAUAUAUAUUUCUUUUUGAGGAUCAUAGUGAAAAGGUGAAAAUUACUGCUUAACCCCAAGUUUUCAUUUAAAAAAGGCUUAGAAUAGCUUUGAAAAUUUAGGUAACAUUGUUUUCAUUGCUCUAUUUUUUAUGGUUACCUUCUAAUUAAGACAAUGAACUUAAGUUCCUUUGACUUUAUAAAGGUAAAAAGUGAGUUUUUCUAUCACAGGUGGAAGGUAGAGUACAGAUGGUGAAGUGGCUUGUGAUGAAGUUCGGAGGAGUUUGGUUUAGGCAUCAGGAAAACUGAGUUAAGACAAAGAGUGCCAGUAACUGCCUUUUGACCUUCCAACCAUGGCGUCUUGCCCCAGCAGCAGGUGUGGGUGUGAUAAAGCACCUUUCUUCCUGUAGGUUCCAAACAGCAAAUGUGUCCUGGAUGCCUUUUAUGUGCCUGCAGCCAUUUGUAUACUGGAUACAACUGUGAGCAGGACAGAUAGCCCCCGCUCUCAGGGAGAGAGCAGUGUCCUGGGAUCGGGACCAGUGCCAGUGCCCACUGAGUGUGCUGCAUGGGCUGACAACUGGGAGGGAGUGAAAACUUCCCUCGCUGGGUAGCUGUGAGUCUCAGGGAGCAGAACUCACUGCCUGCUUACUGCAUGUCAGGCGCUGUGCCAGGAGUUUUCGUACUAGAUCUAGAACAGCUCUGAGGUAUCCCCAGUUUAUAGAUGGGGAGCUGUCUUAAAAAGGAGGGAACUUGUCCGAGGUAUGCUAGGGAAUGAGAGGUACUUCCACCUGGCUCCAGAGCCCACGUUCUUUCUGCUGAUUCUGUUAGAAACAAGACCGGUAUGACAGGCAUUGUGCAGCAUUUUCAACUCCAAGGGCCAGAGGAGUGGCCGUGAUUUUUUCAGUUAGUAUUCUCAAAAUACCGAGAUGGCCUUUCCUCAGUUUCCCCAUAUGUGCAGCAGGGUUAAGACCUACCUCAUGGGGCAAGUGACUGGUUGACUCCGGUAUAUGCAUUCCAUCAGCAGGUCCCUAGUGCUCACUGUGUGCCAGGUGCUGGAGACACAAAGGGGGACGUGAAGGCUGCUUUACAGGUAAGACAGUUUCAUAGAGUCCUGAGUCAAUAUGGGGGUAAAUCCAGGAAGGCAGGAGAUUGGGCGAGCUGUGUGCAAAGAUGGUGGAGGAGGAACAGCCCUGAGGGACCAGGCCUCUGGCUGGCAGGCGGCAAGCAAGGAGGAGGAGCAGAAGAUGAGGUCAGAGGGGACGAGAGCCAGGUCAUGAGGGUCCUGUGACGAGCUUGGAUUUUCUUAAUGGUGCUCCAAGAGUUUCCAGUGGUCACAUCUGAAUAGUUUUUCAAAAGGGUUGUAUCAGUUGGUGGCACAAAAUAACCACAGGGCAAGAGUGGACACAAGCCUGGAAGGGAAAAGGCCACUGCUGCCAGCCAAUGCACUGAGAAUGGUGGCCGGGGGCUGAAGCAGGGUGAGCGUGCUACACUGUGACACAGGAUCUGGCACCAGUGGGCAGAGAGCAUGGUCAGCAGCAGGAGUGACAGCGGCAGCCAGGAAGCAGUGACCAUCUUCCAGCUGUUGAGGGAGCUGCUGGACGGACUUCGUCAGUGCUCCCAGGAGGAGUGCCAUCCAGCUGUGGGCUCAGCCGGGGCCUGUGAUGGGAAGUAAAGGUUAAGUGCAUUAGGUGAGCAGUGGAUUCCUUCCCUGGUUCAGGGCCUCAGGACAGGAACCCUCUGCAGUUCCAGAUCCCUCAGACUCCACGUGGAGAGUAGUGGGUGCGUUGCAGUGAUGAGCCAACACUAGCAGCUUCUGAAGCCCCCUGGAACCAAGCAGACAAAGGCUUAACCCCCAUUUUACACAUGUGGGAACAGUACUGUGAACUGUCGUGUCCAGGGCCACAAGAGUGACAGCUGAGAUUCAAACCCAAGUUUUUAACAAUAUCUAGCUUUAUCUGGUAGUUACUAAGUUCUUUGCGUGUACUGACCCAUCUUUCAGAGCAGGCAAGUGAGGCACAGAGGCAGUGACCCUGAGUCACUCAGAGAGUGGCAGAACCAGGGGCAUGGUUAGUGUAUGACAAUGACUAAUGUGACAGUAACCAGUGAUGCGUUGUACAUAAAGUGCGCCCUUGGCAAGUCCAGAGGGCCACAAGAGGCAAUUCCUCAAAGCCUGGCAUAGGGAGAGCUCGUUCGGUAGGCGUGGGAGCAGCUUCUGGUUGGUUCACCUCUUCUGCAGAGGGGGACAGUUUUCGGGGUAGCCAGGCUGACCGCACCCACACUGUCUGGGAAGGCCUGCACUAACAGCCGCAUAGGCUACAAUCUGAUGUCACCAAGAAGUAAAAUUUACUAAUCCUCAUUCUGGUUUCAGUAAAACUAUGCAAAAACAGGCAGCUGGCCUGUAAGCCAUAAUUUGCCAAUUCGAUUUUUAAAACUAUUCCCAUUAUAUAUUUUGAUUACUGAGUUUCUUGGUGCCCCUCAAUUUGUGCCCUAGGCAAGUGUCUCCCUUGCCUCUCCCACUGGAGCUCAGCUGUCACCGACUGCUGGUCCCCCACUGGAGGAAUCUCUGUUCAUACAAGGUGCCCCCACCCCACUCUUGGGAAACUAGGAGUCUCCUCUUGAGUCUGUAAUUUGGGGCACAAGUCCAAAGGAUUGGCGCUCUUGCCACCAGAGGUCACAGAUUACUGUCGUCCACUGCUCAAGUAAAGAGGUAAAGCGGACGCUUCCCUCUGCUUUCUUCCUCUCUCUCCUUGCCUUUCCCUUCCUCCUUCCUGCCACUUUUUUCUUCCUCCUCUUUCCCCUCUACUUCCCUCUUCUCGCUUCCCUGCUUCCCUUUGUGCCCCGUUGUACCUGGUCUUUCCUCCCUUGAACUUGCUCCUUUUUUCAACACCUUAGCUGAGCAUUGUAUGUGGCAGGCACCAUGCUGAGCACUCAGUCUCCUGAGCAGGACAGAGUGGUCGAGUCUGUUCCUUCCUGUUGGCUUUUCCUCCAUUUCCUCGUUUCCUCCCGUGUUCGUUGGUAAGGUGUUCAGGGAGCCUUCGGCUGGGUUGGCUCUGCUGGAUCCUGAAAAAGCUGCAGUGGACAGGAAGGUCCAGUGGCUCUCUGGAGGUCCUGACUGGAGAGCGGUGACAUUCCCGGGCAGCAGGCGCUCCACGGCCAUGAGGUCAUCAGAGACCCCCAGGCUUAGUCGCUGCUGUCCACACCUGACUCCUGCUGCACUGUUGUGCCCAGUGGCUCCCUGGCUGGCCCCCUGGUUUUGCCCUGACCCUGGUGUUCCUCACUCAGCAGGGAGAGGGACCCUUUUUAAACCAGACAAUGCCACCCCUCCAUCCAGAAGUCCGAUGACUUUCCAUCCGUGUCUCCUUGCUUACCAGCUGUAGGACUUGGCGGCCCCUCGGCCACAGCAUCCUCAUCCAUGAAAUGGGUGACCAGCAGUGCCCGCUGUGGAGCUGCUGUGAGGACAUGGGGUCAGGAAGCAGACUGACGUGUGGUUUGGUGUGUAGGAGGGUCCUCAAGGCGUGCCUCAAUGACCCGAGCCCCAGGUGACACCCUGUACGAGAGUUGUUACCUGGGACUGGGUCUUGAGAAACCUUGUUCAACGUGGAGCAGAAUGACAGUGACGACCACAGAACCCUUCCUGGACAGUCCCCCAGCAAUGGCCAGACCACAGCAGCUCCCUCACCCGCUCUGUCCUUUAACUUCCCCAGGCUGUAAGCGGAAGCGGGGCUGCAGUCUCACCGGGCCCCUCCGCAGGUUUGUCCCAAAUAAA